AUGAAACUCGUGAGAUUUUUUAUGAAGUUGAGUCAUGAAACUGUAACCAUUGAAUUGAAGAAUGGAACACAGGUCCAUGGAACAAUCACAGGUGAGGAUGUCAGCAUGAAUACACAUCUUAAAGCUGUGAAAAUGACACUGAAGAAUAGAGAGCCUGUCCAACUGGAGACACUGAGUAUUCGAGGAAAUAACAUUCGGUAUUUCAUUCUGCCAGACAGCUUACCUUUGGAUACCUUACUUGUGGAUGUUGAACCUAAGGUGAAAUCUAAGAAAAGGGAAGCUGUUGCAGGAAGAGGAAGAGGCCGAGGUCGAGGAAGAGGACGUGGCCGUGGCAGAGGAAGAGGGGGGGCCUAG